UUGCUGUCAAAGGAAACUUCUAUCACUCAUCAAAGACAGGCUGGGAAUUCAACACUAUUCCCACUUAUGCAUAAUUAAUUGGCUGAUGUUGCUAAUGACGUUGCAUAAGGAUUGUUCUACUGUUAGAAGACUGAUCUACUCUUUGAAGAAGAUUAAAGUAUCCUGUUUCUUCUAGAACCCAGGAAGCUCAGUAAGUGGAUGUUGGUCAUUCAUCUGUUAAUGCUGUGUGGCCAGUAGACUUGUCCUCCAUAUAUCUCCCAUGGACAGGAUGGGCAAGGAUUACCUUAGGGAUAACAGCAAUCAAACAGAGGAGGCUGGAAAUUCCCAGCAGCUGAUGAAGUCUGGAGAGGAGCAAAGGAACCAACCAUCAACUUACCAUCAACAGCAAGAGCGGUAUGUCAACUCAUAUGUCUUGAUAACUCCCAAUGAAACCAGAAGAAACCGGUUGCAGCAAAUUGCUAAGAAGGAACUAGAUGACCUGGAGCAGUGGAAGGAAAAGCACAGGCCAGGGCCAAUUAAGUUGGUUCCACAGAGGCUGGGUGGAAAAGAAUCAGAGGCUCAAGCAAGGCAAAAACAGCAACUGAUGUUCAUGCAAUCUAAAUACCAACAAAAGCACAAGAGAGAAGAAUAUGUGAAAGCAAGAAAAGCAGCUGAAGAAGCCGAAAUCCUGAAAAAGAAAGCAAUUCAGAGAGAAAAGGCAGAGAGACUUGAAGUUAAAAAAAGGCAACAAGAAAUGCAAAGAAGAGAGAUGCUCCUUGAAGAUCAACUUCACAAAAACAAUGAAUUAUUGAACAGAUUGGACUUGGGUUUGCCAAAGAAUGAUUCCUGUCAGACUGCUAAUUGUGGCCCAGAAUCAACAGCAUGGGCUAGAAGCCAUACAUAUAAGCAAGCUCUUCGAGAGGAUGAAAACAGAAGAUUAGAGGAAAUGAAGCAAGAACAACGGAGGAAGGCUCAGUUAAUGGAAUUAAAACAAAAGCAGGAGGAAGAAGCCAGGAUAAGAGCGCAUCAGAAUGAACAGAGGAGAAUAAAUAAUGCUUUUCUGGACCGACUUCAGAAGAAAACACAACCUAAUAACAUCUGCCAACCUGGAUAUUCUGGGAGUCUGGACUACUGCAGUGAUGGUGCCUGGUUAGCCUGCAUGACGGUCCUGGUUGGCUGCCAGCUACAGUAGCUUUUAAGAAGAAAUCCUGUCUUAAAUAUAAGCUGUUCAAAUGGGAAGAGGAAGUAACAGCUGCUCUUGCAGCAGAACUUGGUUGCUUUGCAUGGAAGGUAAUGUAACGAACCAAAUCCAACAUACUUCCUGAUGUUCAGAACAAGGGUAGUGAAAUUGUAUGGGUUUUUUUGAAACAUCUUUUAAUGACAUAUUUAAAUGCGUUUAAAAGUGUGUGGAAAGGCUGUAAACAUUUUAAUAUGAUAUUGAAAAUGGAGGUGGAAAAUUGCAUGAAAGGUACAGUUGCUCAUUUCUUCCUGUAUAAACUUAUGACAAGGAAGGAAGACCUGUCUACAUCCAAUUUAAAUAGGUCACCCUGAAAGUAAUGCCUCCUAUUUAUUUCCAUGGAAUCUACAACAGAUACAAAGAGCACAACAGCACUACUUGAUAGAGCAAAUUCUCAGCUACAAAACACUGUUUUUCAACAUAGUCACCAUCAUUAGCUAUGCAUUUUCACCAGCAGUGAACAAGAGCCUGCAUACUGUGCUUAUAAAACUCUGCACCAGCGGAACUGACCCACUGUUUCACUCCUGCUAUGACGGCAUUGUUGCUAAGAAAAUGUUGCUCCCACAGGUCAUCUCUCUCAUCAGCCCAAACAGAUGGAAGUCAGAAAGCACAAAUCCAGGCUAUGUGGUGGGUGUGGUAAGACAGUCCAGCCAAGACUGGCAAUAUGCUCCACGGUCUUCAAAGUGAUAUGGGGCCUAGCAUUACUGUAUUACAAGAGAAAGGUUGUUUUCUUCUCUGUCCUGACUCUGGAAGUUGGAGCCUUUAUCUUAGUCAGCAUUGUGAUGUAGCAGUCAGAGCUGAUGCAGUAUUUCCAUUAUGGAAAUUUCCACUGGUAUGAAAUUCCAUUGCUGAGAGCACAACAGUGUAGAAAUUGAAAAUUUGCAAAGACUGAGUAGCAAAAUGAUACGAGUCUAAGUGAAUUUAGUGAAUGUGUCUUUGCAGGGGAAACUGUCUAGCUUGAGUUGUAUUGCUUGGACUGUUUGGUGUGGAUUUGUUUCUUGGCAGAUGAAUGCUAGGAAAACUUGGGUUCAAGCAUCUACGAAGUCAGGGCAUGACAGGGAAGCAGACAGUCUUGCUCCUAGAGGUUUCCAGAUACUGAAACCAGAAAAGGAGCCUCUCAAUCACUGCAAGCUUUGGGCAAGCUCCAAAGCUUGGUGGGGGGCUCAGAAACCUCAGACUGAAGCCAGAACUGUGCACAGCAGUUCUCUUGGUCUUUCUGAGAAUGGGCAGGAUCUGCCAGCUCAGCCUCCCAUUGUGUCUGCUGGUAGCUGCUGGAAGAACCAGUUGGCUAGGGACUUGGGUCUUGUUGGAAAGCCAAGCUGUAGAUAUCCAGGCUUAGUAAAAGAGUAUGAAUAAGAGAGCACUCUAUCUGGCAGUGAUUCUCUGAAGACAGCAGUGUUUUCUGAGUGAUUUUCUUGAAGAUGGAAGUGUUAGACUUCAGGUAGGAUAGAAGCAAGCAAUACCCAGAGAGGGGCAAAAGGUAAAGUCUGCUGGAUGGUGCCUGGUUAACCAGGGGUGGAAAUUAUUCUUUUUAUUUCACUUUGUGUCCUUUAUCACAAUUUGUAAUCUGUUUCCUUGUAAAAGAAAGUCUGUAAUAGCCAACAGCCCCAGUAUCUGAACUCCAGCAUCUCCAUCCAUCCACUGUCCCUACUGAAAACUUCUCCACUGGCUGAAGAAGGAGUGAGGUUUCAACUUUAGUCCUUUACCACAUGUGCUAUUCCCCAAGACGAGUGUCAGUACCACUACACUAGUGCACUCAGCCCAGGCAUGGUUUUAAUAGCAGACAGCUCUGAAACACUGCAGCCAAUCUAUUUUUUUUUCUUUUUUUCUUUUUUCUUUUUUUUUUUUUAGUGUGUAUUCAAAGAAUGCAUCAACAUAAUUACAACAAAGCCCUGUGUGCAGAAGUGAUAGAUUUCCUACCCUGGAUGUUUACUGAAUAGUUCCCAAACAGCCUGCCUUGUGUUGGGUAAUGCUUAGAUUAUCUGUUUUUCCUAUAUACCGCACUAUGAAAUGUUCAGAAGACUGAACAAAAAAGGGAAAGAAUAAAGUACAUAAGAAGAUGCCAUCAAGGAGAAGAAUUAGUAUUGGUAACAAGAGCAAGAAUCUCUUUUAGACAGGCUGGAGGCUGCAACCUCAGUGUCUUUGAUUAUAUCCAGGCUCUUCUCCCUUCCCUUGGGAUUUUAAGCAAAAAGAGCUGAACUCCAAAGGUGCCUCACAAGUCGUUGUCUGCGACAUAGUGUUUUGCAUUACAAAGGAGCUAACUGACUCAGGUCAGAUUAUAAACUAAGAUGAAAAGAAAAGAAAAGAAAAAGGUUCCCAAAGUUAAGACCUGCAGGUAAGUUUUGAGCCUGCUCCUUCUUUGUAGGGGCACUGAAGAGGAAAUAUUUGUUUUUUCCUGCUUCUUUUUUCCUGACUGAGCUCUUCACAGUCACAAGAGCUCCAUGCUUACAGAAGCUGAAUGUUGUGCCACUGUUGAUGUAACUGCUGUAUUUUUCAUUAUUACUUCUGUUAGCUUGGUUUCCAAGGGAAAUGAAUUUUUUGUGAUCACGCUGUCUGCAUGUAAUUAGGUUUCCAACCUGCUGGCCAAUCUUGACGACUAAAUUUGAAAGGGUGUAUAAGUCUCACAGAUAAUUCAGUUUCUUUGCAUUUCAUGAAAAACAGUGGGUGGAUGGAUAGCAGUGUUUGAACAGCUGAUAUCACAAUGGGCUCGGAAAGAGAGGGGAAGGUAAAUUUAUUGUAUAUGUUUGGCCAGGAGAGAAGAGAGUAGUUGCCCUGCCCAGUUGUUCACAAGCUGUUAACAAACCAGUUUUCAUUAUUCUUCUGCCUUCCAGACAACUUGUGUUUUAUUAGAAAUAUUUAUAUGUUGUUUUUUCAAGAAGUAUCUUCAUGAAAGUAGUCUUUUCUCACCUUUCGGUUAUAAAUAUCAACGUGCUCUCUGGGUGGUUGUGUGCUUUGCUUUUUUAAUGAGAAGUCAAAUUAAUGUUUCUGCUUCUUUGUGUUGAGCUACUGCGCCUUUGGGAGAGUCUUGAGUCUUCCUGUAUGCUAUCAAGAAAAUGUUGAUGUCUUUUGUGCAGCCACUGACUCUAACAUAAGUAUAAACCUUUUAGGAUAGGAGAGGAAAAAAUAAUGUUUGUCAUUUCAACAUCAAAGUUUAAUCAAUAAGAUUGAGUCCUUACUCAGCUGGGGCUUAUAACUGAGACAAUAUCUGUUCACUGCGGUGGCACAAAAUGAACAGUUUUACUUAAAUAUGAAAACAAUUCUAUUUUUACGGAAGAAUUACUUGAAAACAGUGGCAUGUUUUUAUAUUUACUCCCUUGAGAUUUUCUCUUGCUCAAGCACUGAGGCAUUUGCAGAGGCCAAGUGCUAAUGCAUGGCAGGCCUGUAACAGAGUCCUUGUUUAUUUUUUGAGUGGAAAGUGAGCACUGUCAAGGACUCUUUUGUCUAUUCUGUUAAUGGAGAGAGUUCAUAUGGUAAGUAGAUGAAAUUUAUAUGCCUACUCUUCUUUAAUGAAGUACUGGAUGUCAUGCUGAAACUCUCUAAGCUCCAGUAAACCCUGAAUCUAGAAGACAACAUGACAUAUUGCACAUUCCUAUUCCAUGUCUCUCAUAAACCCCAUGUCAGGCAUAUGAAUGAGGAAUGCUCUCUCACAUGCUGACUCCGCUCUUUCAGUUGAUACAUCAAUCUAGAUAUUUAGAAGGGGAAACAACUAUGCCCUGAAUACAUAGGUGUAGGGCAAUAGGACAUUCUCUUCCUUUCCCCUACACAGAACAGAAAUUCAGUGGAUGCUGGAUAAAACUAACACAGCUUGGCUAUAAAACUAUUUUAAAUGAACAUGGUUUGUGGAUUAGCAUUUGUUUUAUUUCUUCCAACAUGCUCCACUGGAACAUCACUUUAGAGUGUCAACCAGAUUUAUGUAUUUGCUACCAAUCUGAGAGGGAGCAUGUUGUGGUGGUGGUUUCACACCAAUGGGCAGCUCAGCUCCACCACACUACUCUUUCACCCCCCCUCUGGAAAAGAACAGGGGGAGAAAAUAUGAUGAAAACAGGCUCAAGGGUUGAGAUAAGGAGAAUAUUCACCAAUUAUGAUCAUGGGCAAAAUAAACUCAGCAUAUAAAGAUUAAUGGAAUUACUACCCAUUGCCAACAGACUUGCCAUCCACAAUGGUUAGAUUUCUUUUAAUAAAGAAAGCUUUGCUAACUUAGCUUUAGCCUGGUUAGUCUACAUACAGUACAUUUUGGAAAGAUUAUUUGAUUUUUCUCCUAAAAUUGUUUUUUGUUGUGAUAGUUGUUGAGAGUAUUGUGCUAGUCUUUCCUAGCAGAAUGAUAAAGGAAAAUAAAAAACUGCUCAGCAGAAGCAUUAGCUGAGGGUCCUAAGAUGAGUAGGUCCAGGUAUAUGAGUUAAUGACUUACUGCUGACAAAGCAGUCAAACAGCAUAUUUAGAUGUGUUCUGUCUGGCUCGACUUUGAGCUCUGUCAUUCUUUCUUUUGAAAAUCUCAUCCUAAAAGAGAAUAGUGGGAGUCUAGGGAGGAGCAGAAGAAACCUCUACCUCUUUCAAAUUGACUGAGAAAGGAUCAAGGCAUCUAAGAUAUUUGGCACACUUUUAGAUUGACAUCUUUCAGCAAAAUCGAGUCAUGUUUAUCUCCCAAGUCAGUACAUCCACUAUUCAUACAUAGUUCAAAUCAAAUAAAUAAUUAUUACUGGAACUGGAAUCUUACAUAAGGGUUUUCCUGUUAUUUUAAAUAGAGUUUUAAAAGACAGCAAAGGAUACCAAGUAAUCAGGAAAGACCCACACAAAUGGAUAACCUUAGUUCCUAACGUCUCAUUCUACUAAACUGUACUAAUGCAUGUUUAUUAUUUU